CUCGCGAUCCCAGGGGCCGCAUACAUAUUACCCACAAUUCCAUUUCCUUUCUCUCUCCUCCAGUAUCCCAAGAUGCCAAAGGGAAAGAAGGCCAAGGGCAAGAAGGUGGCUCCGGCCCCUGCCGUGGUGAAGAAGCAGGAGGCUAAGAAGGUGGUCAAUCCCCUGUUUGAGAAAAGGCCUAAGAAUUUUGGCAUAGGACAGGACAUCCAGCCCAAGAGGGACCUCACCCGCUUUGUCAAAUGGCCUCGCUACAUCCGGCUGCAGCGGCAGAGGGCCAUCCUCUACAAGCGGCUGAAAGUGCCUCCUGCCAUUAACCAGUUCACCCAGGCCCUGGACCGCCAGACAGCUACUCAGCUGCUCAAGCUGGCCCACAAGUAUAGGCCAGAGACGAAGCAGGAGAAGAAGCAGCGGCUGCUGGCCCGGGCUGAGAAGAAGGCCGCCGGCAAAGGGGAUGUCCCCACUAAGAGGCCACCAGUCCUCCAGCCAGGGGUGAACACUGUCACCACCUUGGUGGAAAACAAGAAGGCUCAGCUGGUGGUGAUCGCACACGACGUGGACCCGAUCGAGCUGGUUGUCUUCCUACCUGCCCUGUGUCGGAAGAUGGGGGUUCCCUACUGCAUUAUCAAGGGGAAGGCCAGGUUGGGACGCCUGGUCCACAGAAAAACCUGUACCACUGUCGCCUUCACACAGGUUAACUCGGAGGACAAAGGUGCACUGGCUAAGCUGGUGGAAGCCAUCAGGACCAAUUACAAUGACAGAUACGAUGAGGUAAGGAGCAGCUGUACACUGGCGGUAUCCGCCCACUGGGGAGGAAACAUCCUGGGCCCGGAAUCUGUGGUUGGCAUCGCUAAGCUGGAAAAGGCAAAGGCUAAAGAGCUUGCCACCAAACUGGGUUAAGUGUAUGCUAUUGAGUUUUCUGUACAUACAAGUAAUAAAACGCUCUCCUUCGGCUAAUGUCUGUAAUAUCUUCA